AUGUCGAUUGUGUCUGAUGCCAUCUGGGCGGCCUCUCCGACCACCACUCGAGGAGCUCCAACCCCACUCUCCAGCGACUCGAAAGGCGAACGAAUCGCCUACGCCUCCAACAAGUCCAUCUUCGUCCGCUCCAUCGAUGAUCCCGCCGUAUCCAAGCAAUACACCCAACACACCGCCCAAACCACCGUUGCACGCUUCGCUCCCUCAGGCUUCUACGUAGCAUCCGGUGAUGUCUCUGGCAGCGUGCGGGUGUGGGACGCCAUGGGGGCGGAGAACACCAAAGGCGAGUAUCACAUCAUCGCGGGACGUAUCAAUGACAUCGCGUGGGAUGGAGACAGUCAGCGGAUUAUUGCGGUCGGAGACGGCAAAGAGCGGUAUGGACAUUGCAUCACGGCGGACUCGGGCAACAGCGUGGGAGAGAUCAGUGGACACAGCCAGCAGAUCAACAGCGUGAGCAUACGGCAGCAGCGGCCUCUGCGGGCGGCGACGGGGAGUGAUGAUACGAGUUUGUGUUUCUAUCAUGGGGCGCCUUUCAAGUUCAACACGAGUGUUCGUGGGAAGCACGACAAGUUCAUCUACGGGACGCAGUUCUCGCCGGACGGGAACUCGCUGGUGACGGUGGGCAGUGACCGGAAGAUCUGGCUGUAUGAUGGCAAGACGGGCGAGGCGCAGAAGCAGAUUGGGGAGGGGGAGCAUAAGGGGAGUAUCUUUGGCGUGAGCUGGGCGAAGGAUAGUAAGAAGCUGGUUACUUGCAGUGGUGAUCAGACGGUCAAGAUCUGGGAUGCUGAGGUUGGCAAGGUCACGCAAAGUUGGCGGCUGGGUGGGGAUAGCGUCUCGAUACCGGAUCAGCAGGUUGGUGUGACGUGGCCGGGAGGUAGGAGUGAUGGGUUGGUUAUUUCGGUGGAUUUGGAGGGCAAUUUGAAUUACUUCCAGGAGGGGAGUGAGAAGCCAGUGAAGGUUGUACGGGGGCAUUCCAAGGCUAUCACGUCUGCUGCGUCGGCCACGGAUAGCAAGACGUUGUGGACGGGGAGCUAUGAUGGCCGAGCACGAGCGUGGGAUAUCCCAAGUGGAAAGGCUGAUCUUGUGGAUGGUGAACAGCACUCCAACUACGUGUCAGGGAUCGCUGCGGCACCGAAAGAAGGACGCAUAUACAGCGUUGGUUGGGACGACACCCUCCGCACCGUAGACGCCUCGCAGCACUCCUUCACAGGCAACGCCGUCAAGACAGAUGGCCAGCCAAAGGGCGUUGCAGUAGCCACACUGAACGGCAAAGACCACACCCUCGUCGUCACAGCCUCCGGUAUCACCACCUACGCCGACGGCAGUGAAGUCUCCAAGCAGAAAACCCCAUCACCACCCACCUGCAUAGCCGCAACCGGCGACACAGUAGCAGUCGGCUCCGACGACAAAACCGUCCGCCUCUUCAAAGCCGGCUCACCCGCCUCCUUCGACGCCAUGACCGAGCUCAAAGACCCAACAUCCCCCAUCUCCUCCCUCGCCUUAUCCCCCGACGGCACGCACCUCGCCGUCGGCCUCGCGAACGGCAAGAUCUUCGUCUACAACAACACCUCCGGGUCCUGGACCCUCGAAACGAACCGCUGGUCCGCACAUACCGCGCGGGUGACGUGCAUCGCGUGGUCGCCCGACAGUAAGAAGGCUGUCAGCGGGGCGUUGGAUACGAAUGUCUUUGUGUGGAGUCUCGCGGAUCCUGGUGUAAGGGUCAAGGCUGGGAAUGCGCAUAAGGAGGGCGUCGGCGGGGUGGUGUGGAAUGAGGAGGGGAAGGUGAUUAGUUGUGGGGCGGAUGCUGCGGUGAAGGUGUGGAAGGUUAGUGGGGUGCCGUGA